AUGAUUGAUAGCAAUAGUUAUUUUAUUGUAACUAUUUUUUGUCUUCAAACACUUUAUAAUUGUAUUCUUGCAGUUAUUGGACAAUAUAUCUAUGGAUAUUUUUUACAAACUUAUCCUGAUAUGUAUCAAAAUUGGACAAUUAUCAACAAUUUAUCUUUAAACAUCAACAUGCUUGAAUAUAAUCGAGAACAAUGCAUAGAAAAUAUGACAGAUAUUUCAAAUAGUUCUGCUCAAAUAUGGGCACAACAACAUUCAGCUGAUUUAAUAUUUCGAGCAACUCUAUGGAGAGCAUUUCCCGUCAUUAUUGUAACAUAUUUAUUUGGUCUCUGUGCUUCACAAUUAAAUCGACAAUUAGUAUUAAUAUUUUCUUUAAUUGGAAAUGCUAUUCAUGUGAUUAUUUAUCAAGCAAUUAUCUAUAAAAAUUUAGCUGAAUAUUGGUGGUAUAUAUCAGCUUUUAUUGCCGGUUUGGCAGGUGGUACAAAUAUUCUAGGUUAUUCUCGAUAUGUUUUUUCAACUAAUUUGAUUAUUCUCUCUUUCUUCGGUUUAGGUAUUGUGAUCAAUUUAGUUAUCACAGAAAGUACCGAAGAAAAUGAACGAUCAUCACGUUUUGUACGUUACGGUGCUAUGACAACGGGUUUAUCAGCGUUAGCAACAUAUGGUAUUGGUUAUUAUAUUCAAUGGCGUGGCUAUACAGAUCUAUUAUGGAUGGCUCUUGGAUUAGAACUAUUAUCAAUUUUUGUUGUUAUUUUCUUUUUGAAACCAACACAUAGCUCAACAUCAGUUGAUGAAACGACAGCUCUACUAUCAUCAUCAUCAUCAUCGUCAAACGAUGUACAUGUUACGAUUAAAACACCUACUAUAUCUAAAUGUUAUCAUUGUUUUGAUAUUUGUACAAUGUUUAGAUUUAAACAUCAUUCAAAAAAGAAAUCAAUUAGUCUCAUUAUAACUAUGGUCUCCUAUAUAUUUCAUUUGUUGGCAUUAUCAUCAUCGUCGAUAAUGCUUUGGUACCUUCUUGGUACUCCAUUCUGUUGGUCAUCAAAAGAUCUUGGUCAAUUUUCUGCUGUAUCAUUAAUUACUACAGCUAUUUUCAGUGUACUAGGUAUGAAAAUAUUGAAUUAUAUUGGAGCAAAUGAUGCUUUAAUAUGUGCUCUUAGUCAUAUUUGCUGUUAUGGAUAUUUAUUAUGGAUUUCAUUUGUUCAAUAUAGUUGGCAAUUGUAUUUAGCAUUAUUGAUUAAUUCAUUUUCGACUUAUCAAAGUGUAUUGACAAUACCAAUGAUAUCCAAAUGGUUGGAAGUUCAUGAACGUAGUCAUGUUUUUACAUUAGUAACAGAAGUAAAUACAAUUAUUUCGGCUUUUGGAAGUUCAUUAUUCAAUUGGAUCUAUGCUAGGACAGUAACCUAUCAAAAAAAUUUUACAUUCUUAUUUGCUAGUGGACUUUGUAUUUUACCUUGUAUUCUCAAUAUAUGUCUUUUUGUGAUCAGUCGACGAACUCCUAAUGAACAAGCAUCGACAAUUGUAUCAGAAUUAAAUGCAGAACCAACAAUAUUACCACUAUCGAAUAGUUUACCUACACAAGUUGUUGAUAUAGCUUGUUUAAUUCAAACACCUCAUUCGUGUACUGAUGCUUUCUAUGCAUCUCACAAUGAUAUAUCUUGUACUAACUCUCACUCAUCAAUUGAUAAUCAAAAAGUGAUCGACAGAAUAAUCAAAUAA